AUGGCAUCGAAUGAUACUACUAAUAUUAAAGAUAUUUCAUCUCAUCAAUCUUGUUCAUCUACAAGUUCAUUUUCUCAAAAUCCAAUAUCAUUAUCAUCAUCAAAUAGUCCUAUUAAUAUAGGAAAUCUCAGUAGUAGCUUAUCUCGUGGUCGUCAAUUAUGGAAUACGGCUGUUGAAAAUGUUCUUGAACAUGAAGAAACUCCACCAUCAUCAUCAUCAAUAGUUUCAUCAACUAUUGGUAAUGAUGCAAUUGGUUGGUACAAUUUAACUAAACGGUAA